AAUUUAUAAAAUAUCAUAAAAAAGAUGGAAGAUGGAGAAAUUCCAAAUGAGGAAGGUUAAAAGAAUGGAAUUUUAGAGGAAGGUGAAAGGACUCCAGAAUGGGAUUAGGAGAGAUCACUCUCGAAACAUAAGAAAGCAAAGAUCAAAAAGUAAAAGAAAAGAAGUAGAAGCAAGGAAAAAGAGAGGGAUAAGAAAAAUAAGAAAAAGCACAAGAAAGAAUCAAAUAGAAAAGAAAAGAAGGAAGAUAGAAGGACUACAGAUUAGCAAUAAAAGUCAAAGCAACCCCAGGAAGAAUAAAAGCAAGAACAGACCAUUCGAGCAGAGUUGCAAUAAUAGGCGGCUGCUUUUAUAUAGGAGGAUGAAGAAGAGAAUAUUGAGGAUUUGGAUAUUGAAGACGAAGAGGCAAUAUUUUUAAGAAGAAGACAGAUAAGGGAAGAACUAUUUAAAUAAUUGGAACAAAAAUCUUAGGCUUCACCUGAAAAGGACAAUGAUUAAGAAUUUACUUUUGAUUAGCCAUAAUAACAAAUUGAUGAAAAUAAAUAGAGCUACUUUCGUAUGCUUGACUAAUAGAGGAAUUGUAAUAUUUAAUUUGAUUAUUUAGUAAACAACCAAUAAGAACAAUAAUAAGAAACAACAGAAUAGGUAUAGAAAAAAAUAGUUUUAGAUAUGUUUGAUGAAUUAGAUGACGAAUUAGAAAACGAUGAUUUAAAUAUGAUGGUGAGACACAAUGCAAAUGCAUCAUAUGAAGCUGAUGAUGACAAAUAUUAUAGAAUUACCAUAGGAGAAAUGAUUAAGGAUUACAAGAUAAUCAAUAAGUGCGGUAAAGGUGUAUUUGGAAAUGUGUGCAAGGCAAUUAAAGAUGGAUAGGAAUAUGCAAUCAAAUUCAUAAGGGCUGAAGAUAUAUAUAUUAGAUCUGGGGAAAGAGAAAGACAAAUCUUAAAGUAACUGAACGAGGCUGACCCAAAUAAUAAAAAGCAUAUUCUCAGAUUGAUUGAAAGUUUUGAACAUAGAAAACAUCUCUGUUUAGUAUUUGAAUCACUAGACCUAAAUCUUAGAGAUGCCCUAAAAGUAUACACAAAAGGAUAAGGAUUAGAUUUAUCAGCUAUUCGAUCUUAUGCUAUGCAGUUAUUUGUUGCCUUGGCUCAUUUAAGAAGACACAAAAUCAUACAUGCUGAUAUUAAACCAGAUAACAUUUUAAUAUCAUCUGAUACAAAAUUGUUGAAACUAUGUGAUUUUGGUACUGCCUUCACUGUAGAUGAAGUAACAGUAGUAGAGUAUCUUGUAAGUAGAUAUUAUCGUGCACCUGAAAUUAUCAUUGGUUAUCCUUAUGACACUAAUAUUGAUGUAUGGGCCACAGCAUGCACUUUGUUUGAAUUGUUUACAGGAUAAUUCUUGUUUUCAGGAGAUAAUAACAAUGACAUGUUGAAAUUGCAUCUACAAACUAUGGGUAAAUUUUCAAUGAAAAUGUUGAGGCGAUCUGCUUUAACCUCGAAAUACUUUGAUUAGCAUCUUAAUUUUAAGAGCAGAGAGAUCGAUCCUAUAACUAAAUAAGUCAUCUUGAAGCCAGUUUUAUUAGGGGAAAAACCAACUCGAACUAUUGGAACUCUUUUAAAGGCGAAAGAAUAAAGUCUAAAUGCUGAAGAUUAGAAAAUGCUUUUGUAAUUCAAAGAUUUAUUAUAAAAAUGCCUGUAAUUAGAUCCAAAAAAUAGGAUUACACCUGAAGAAGCCCUAUAUCAUCCUUUUAUUAAUAUAGCCAUGGCAAAUACACAAACUAAAAAAGUUUGAC